CUGGUGCCUCCCCGCCGGUUCUCCGCUGGGCAUCGCCUGCCUGCCCCCGAACGAAAGGUCCAAGGUCGCAAGUCUUUGUGUCUGUGUGUUUAUUUGGUAUUGUACCAGUGUAUCCAGCCUCCCCAGUUGGGCCAGCUCACCUGAGACAAUUUAUUCCCAGCUCCUCAGCAGUGCUCGCCUCGACUCCCGUGCCAUGCAGCUGGACCAAUUGCCGGACGACGUCCUCGUAACGCUGAUGCAGCACUUGGACGUGGACAGCCUCCUUGCCUGCCGCCUCGUGUGCAGGAGGCUCUGUGGCCUCGCCCUGCACGGUGACGCGUGGCGGCACCGUUGGCUGUGGACCGACUUCGAGCCCCGCGCACGCGCGGUCCUGCGCCUGGCGCCAUGCCUACGGGGGGUGUCCGUCUGCGGCCACAUCCUGCCGCUGAUCGCGACCAGGUGCUCCGUCGCACACUUGCUGUUGACGGUCAAUGUCUCGGACCAGGGCGACGGCGCCGAGGCGAGGCUCGCUCUGGCGGCCACCCAGUUCGCCCUCGUGGUGCGCAACCAGGAGGCGCUGGGCCGCCUGAGAGGCGUCACGCUGUCUUGCCUGUAUCCGAUGUUCGGUGCGGAAGCACUGAUCAUGACGCUCGCAGCAACCUCUGGCCUGGAAUCACUGAGAGUUGUAGGCAUCGUACCCUACCACUGGAGUCUGAUCGAGCAAGGGCCGCGCAGGCCGACCCUGGAGCAUUUUGAAUGCGAGCUCACGACUGGCACGGAGUCCUUCGUGAACACCGUGCUGGCGGGGCACGGCGACACACUCGAGGUGGUCGACCUGGGCGCGCACAGCCGCGACGGCGUGGAGGGCUACCUAGGCCAGACCUCCGAAACUACGCUCCGGCUGCUGGGCGGCAUGGGCAGGCUGCGAGAGCUGACCUGCCAACUGCUGCCCGGGCUGGAAGUCGUGGCGGCGUGCCCGACCCUCGAGAAUCUGCGCCUCAACGUCUACUCGUUCGAGCCUCAUGCCAUCGAGGGCGCAUGUGAACUGCUUCGUCGAGCCCACCAUCUACGCUCGGUGUGCCUGGACUACUACUAUGAUGACAGCCAAGACAGACCCCCGGAGGUCGGCGCCAAGCUGAUCGAGGCCCUGGGCUGCUGCUCGUCCGGACGCUCUCUCGUGACGCAGCUCGCCAUCUCCGCCCUCCCUCUGCUGCAGCCGCUGCUCGGGGCGCUGCCGUCACUGCCGGCCCUGCACGACCUGUGGCUGAGCGCGCCGCUCCUCACGCUCAACGGCGAGCUGGCGCAAGGCAUCACCCCGUCCACGGCGCCGGCGCUGCGGCUGUUGGCGCUGAGGCCAUACGAAACGCUCGAGUGCGUCCACGACUGGCUUCACACGGACACGCCGAAAACCGUUCUCACGGCCAACCCACAGCUACACAUUCUGGUGAGGGAGCUCCACGAGUGUGGCAUCUGCGAGGCUUGUGAACUUGGGUGUCACCGGAACGUGAGGUGGGGUGUGUCGAAAGAGGUCGGUCUCUUCGUGCACGACCUCGGCAAGUGUACCUCUCCCGAGGUCCACAUUGUUGAUCAUCCCUGGCGCUCGUGGAUCCAAGUUGCAAGAUGCAUAUGAACAAUGUUAAUUUUGGUAGUUCGCCCGUUUUGUAGUUCGCUGAUUUGCAUCCGUGUUGUUAAAAUGAGGUCAAAUGUUUUAAGCUGAUUUUGAUUGUAAACUCAAUUUCUCGAUUCCUGGUUGCUAGGACGUUGGAAAUUCAUGCAUUUCGUUUCAAAUUUAGUGUACACCAUCAGUAGAAAACUUACAUGUUUGCCUUUCAAAGUAGAUCUUUCAUGAUAACUAUAAACUGAAACCAAUAAAAUGUUUGUCAUAGUGAUGGGCGUA